GAGCAAUCAGCUGUCAACAGCUGACUAAUAUUGAAAGAAAGCAAAAUUGUUCGCAUUUGAUAAGGGCAAACUAUUUGUAAUUUCUAUUGGAAGUGCUAUAAGAGUCCUUAAGCAUGCUUGCGGAUGUGGACGUGUUCAUAUCUAACUACACCUUAGUUGAUCCAGAAAUAUAUCAGUUAUGGAUAGAAGGAUUUUCUUCCACCGAGGCCGUUUGUUAUUUAAAACAAAAAGGAUUCGGCAGCAUGUUUGGUGCACCAAUUGAUCUUAUUGCAUCCGAUGUACUGGAUCACUAUCGCACCUACUCUUUGAUUGAGCGACUACUACAUGCACCCACUAAAUUGUUAGAACAAUCAUGUUUCCAGUUGGAGGCACAAACGCGGGACUUAAUUAUUGAAAAGUAUUAUUCUAUUGAUGAUGCAGUGGCACGUGAAAUUCUUGGCAAAAAAUUGUCAUCACGCUAUAGAAAAGAUUUGGAUGAAGUGUCGGAAAAGACUUGCGUUAAACUAAAGUCCUGCAGGCGUCAAUUUGAUAAUGUUAAACGCAUUUUUAAAGCAGUUGAAGAGCUACCUGGCAAUAUAACAAAUAAUAUUAAGCAACUAUUUUCAGUAUCAGACGAAUUGGCUAAAAAAUACGCUUCAAUUGUUUUUCUUGCCUGUCUACGCUUUGAAACUUCCAAAAAAAAGUUGCAGUAUUUAACUUUCUCCGAUUUGUUUGCCUGCUCGCAAGCCAUAAUGAUUUACUGGACAUAUACGUACCAACACUCGGGUCCUGAGUACUAUGACACGGAGAUGGACAAAGAGUUUCUGCUCGAUUUGCGUGAGUUGCGUUGUUUGCUCGAUAAGGAGAAGGAAAUUAAACAUCUUGUUUGUCUGCGUUUAAAACCAGUACUAUUGGAACGUGCUUACUAUGAGUUGGACACGAAUUUUCGCUCUUAUUGGCGUGCAUUUAUAACGAUUGCUUGCAAUUUACAUCGCAAUCGUGAGUUGCGUGACUUAUUUUUGGACCUUUGCGAAAAACUAAUAGAGCCUUGGCGUCAAAAUGGCUGGAGCAGAGAACAAGUAAAUAAAUUUCUAUCGGCCAUAACACAAAGCGUGUUGGAUUUAGAGAUUUCACGUGAUCAAGAGACACGUUGCUUAUGGGACCGUUAUAUGCAAGUUAUUAGUAUUUGCUUGGACAGAAUGUAUCACAUUUAAAGAAAUUUAGUAUAAAGCAUUUGUUUGUUAUUUAAUUAAUUUCUGUUGCUCUUUAUAGUGUUUAGUUGAAAAAGUGCUAAUCUAAUAUUAUGGCGGAAAGUAAAUCAUACGUAUAUAUGCUGUAUUUAAAAUAUAGAAUUAAAAGCUUAUCAUGACAAUUAAAAAAA